AACAUAUUCAUUGCUGUGGAGCCUCAGGGAUAUGCUGGUAUUACAUACCACAACAAAUCUAGCCUUCUAAUGCAAUCUCAUCCACCGGCACACAACACAACAUAACACAACUCUACACACAACCUCUCUUCCCUGAGCUAAAUCACUGGCGAAAUGCCUCCUCCAGGCGUGUGUAUGAGCAUCCUGAAUGCACGUCACAAAGGAGAUGGUUAUGGGACCGUUGACAAUCCCGAGGUGUUCUUCAAACAAGAGUACGAAAGACUGAAAGAGUUUUGCAUCAACCGGCAAGUUCGCUACAUCGAUGAAAUGUUCCCCCCAGACAUAAGAUCCAUUGGCAAUGGCAUACUGAAACCUGACGACCUGAAACAAGUGCAAUGGCAUAGACCAGGGAAAUUGGUUCCCAAUCCAUCUUUUGUUGUCGAUGGUAUCUCAAGGUUUGACUUUGGUCAAGGCAUGGUUGGAAACUGCUGGUUUCUCGCAUCUUUGGGUGCACUGACAUUCCAGAAAGUUAUUUUUCAGCAUGUCGUGCCUUUUGAACAAAACUUUGUGAAGGACUACUGUGGACUGUUUCAUUUUCGGUUCUGGAGAUUUGGCAGAUGGGUAGAUGUUGUCAUUGAUGACAAGCUCCCAACAAUUAAUGGCAACCUGCUUUUUGUGAGGUCCAAGGACCCAACAGAAUUUUGGCCUGCUUUGUUGGAGAAAGCUUAUGCUAAAGUGUGUGGUUCCUAUUCAGACAUGAGUUCUGGAACACCCGAUGAGGCGUUGGUGGACUUCACAGGUGGUGUUCACAUUUGUAUCAAGCUGUCAGAUCCUCCGCAAGACCUUUGGGAGCUUAUAUGCAGAGCCGGAAAAUCGCACUCACUGAUGGGAUGUGGCACUCCUCAAGGGGAGACACCGGCCAACACUGUUUUGCCAAAUGGAUUGGUCCAAGGUCACGCAUACACAGUCACAGGGGUCAGAGAGAUAAUGAGCCGGGGCCAAGCAGUAUGUCUGGUGCGUUUGUUAAACCCCUGGGGCAGGGGGGAGUGGAAUGGAGACUGGAGUGAUCGGUCACCUUUGUGGGAAACUGUGAGCCCACAAGAUCGAGCUCUGUGUCUUUCUGUGGUUGACAAUGGGGAGUUUUGGAUGAGCCUGAGCGAAUUUUGUAGAUUUUAUAGUGAUCUUGACAUCUGCUGUAUGUGUCCCGACUUCAUUGAUGGAAACUCGUCCUGCCAUUGGAACACGUCCUACUAUGAGGGGAGAUGGCUUGCUGGGAAAACAGCUGGAGGAUGCUUGAAUAAUAUUACAGAGAGCUUCUGGACUAAUCCACAGUAUCGAGUCCAUAUUGGCCAACUUCACAAUGAAUCUGCUUCCAAACGUGGGGAAAAAAACAUGCUGGUGUCGCUCAUGCAAAAGCCGGACAAAAGAAACAGAGCCCUGGUCAAGAACAUUCACAUUGGAUUCGCAGUCUUUAAGGUACCAGAAGAAUUGAAGGCGCAGAGUGGGAAGUUUCCAGCAGCUUUCUUCAGUCGAAACAAACCAGUGGUGCAGACUAAAAACUAUGUCAACGCUCGGGAGGUGAUGGAGCUCGUCAUGUUGGAGCCCGGGGAAUACCUGAUUGUACCGUCAACUUUCAAGCACAACGAGACUGCUUCCUUCAUACUGACCAUCCUCUCCAAGGCAGAGGCCCAUAUCCAUGAAACUUCUGGUGGUCAUACAUACGGACCUAACGAAGGAGAAGAGCCCGGGGAUGCUGACGAUAAGAUGAAGUUCUUCUCGCAAAUAUUUAACAAGUCUGAUGAAAUGGAUGCCGAACUGCUUCAGAAGUUCCUCAAUGAUAAAAUCUUGGAAGGUGACUUGAAAACUGGGGGCUUCAGCAUUGAUGCAUGCCGCAGCAUGGUUGUUAUGAUGAGUACAACUACCACCCGAAAACUGAAUUCUGGGGAACUUUAUAGUUUGUGGAAGAAGGUUGUUUCGUACAAGCAACUUUUCCAUCGUAUUGAUGUGUCAGCAAAUGGAACAAUUUCCCUGAGUGAGAUGAGGAAUGCUGCCGAUGCUUUAGGAAUAAGGGUCAGCAAUAACAUGUUGAAAAUCGUGACCUUACGCUAUGGGUCUUCCUCUGGAGGUGUAACAAUGGAGAACUUCAUCACUCUCGCUCUUCGCCUCGUCUGUAUGAAAAAAAUCUUUCAACGUUUUUCUGAUGGAAUGACGCUGACACUUCCUGAAUCUGAGUGGAUGCAAAUUUCAAUGUGCACCUGAAGUUCAAGAUGAAUGAGUUGAAAACCAAAACCAAGGCGCCUGCUGAUUGUUAGCAAAACAAAAAAAAGAA